CCCCUCGCCUCUCACUCUCAGGCCCUCUCCGCGGACGCUCGCCACCAGCGCACCCAGAGGCCGGGCGCACACCCCGCCUGAUCCCAGGAGCUGCGCAGUGCGUCUGCACGCCCGGCUCCGGAGGCGGCGCGGCCCCCGCGCGCGUCUGUGGAGCCGGGUUCCGGGACGGCGGAGCGGGCCGGAGUCCCGCGCACCCUCCGCGCCCCCGGCCCGCGUGCGGUGGCUGGCCGAGCGGGGCUUUGUGACGUCAGGCGGCCGGCGGCGUCACGCGCGGGCUGACCCGGCGGCGGCGGGCAGGCGGGGCGGCCGGGACGCGGGAGCAUGGAGCCGCGCGCCGGCUGCCGGCUGCCCGUGCGGGUGGAGCAGGUCGUCAAUGGCGCGCUGCUGGUCACCGUGAGCUACGGCCAGCGGAGCUUCGCGGGGAUCCUGCUGGACUGCACGAAAAAGUACGGCCUGUUUGGCCUGCCCCCGCCCACCCCGCUGUCCCAGGCCGACGGUUCCCCCGUCAAUGGCUGCCAGGGCCCAGCUGCCACGGAGGAGGACCCAGCGCCCAUGCAGCUGGGGUCGGGCCCCCCGCCGCCGACGCCGCCUCCCUGCCCGGAGCCCUUGCAGGCCCUGCUGACCCCGCUGCCCACCGGAAGCCUGUCCCUGCUCCAGCCGUAUUUCGAAGGCGCCCCCUUCCCGCCGCCGCUCUGGCUGAGGAGCACCUACCAGCAGUGGGUGCCGCAGCCGCCGCCCCGGCCCAUCAAGAGGACGAGGAGGCGCCUGUCCCGCAGCGGCAGCCGGAACUCGGACUCGGGCCAGCUCACCCUGAGCCCCAUCUGCCUGCGGCCGCGGCGGGUGCUCUGCGAGAAGUGCAAGAGCACCCUGAACGCCCCGGAGGCCGGCCCCGCACCCUCGCCGGUCCCCCGGCCCCGCCGGAGACUGGGCAGCGGCGACCCCGACAGGGAGCCCCGCAAGCAGGGGAGCCGUGAGGGCAAGGGGGCCCCCACCCCGGCCCCGGCCCCGGCGCCCGCCAGGAGGAGCAAGAGGGAGCGGCGGGAGGAGGAGCCGGCGAGGGUCCCUCGCAGCCCGGCCAUCCGGAUCUCCUACAGCACGCCGCAGGGCGCCGGUGAGGUGGUGCAGAUCCCGCCCCGCGUGCACGGCUCCCUGGAGCCCUUCCAGCCCCCGCAGGCCCAGCGCGGCGCCCAGGAGCCCCGGGCGGCUCGGGACAGGCCGCCCGACGGCCCCUCCGCCCCCGUCCCCAAGCUGAAGCUGACGCGGCCUGUGCCCCCCGGCGCGGACCUGCUGCCCCCCAAGAUCCGCCUGAAGCCGCACCGCCUGGGGGCGGGCGCCCAGCAGCAGCCGGUGUACAGGGCGGAGCUGGUGGAGGAGCUCAACGGCCUCGGGCGCGGCCCCCCAGCCCCCGCGCCCCCUGCGCCCCCCGCCCCCGCCCACAUCGUGCUGGUGGAGCUGUCCUCAGGAAGCUCCGAGGAGGAGGACGAGGCCCAGGCCCCGCGGCGUCCCCAGGGCGACCGCGCCGGCUGCCCCGGGGCCACAGCCACCUCGGCCGGGGCGUCCGUGUGCAGCAGCGACAGCCCGGACGAGUCCAAAUCCCCCGGCUCUGAAGUGACGUCGCCGGACGCCUGCGACCCACCUGCCGGCGACAGCGGGUCUGCAGCCGCCGCCCCCACGCCGGCCGGGCCGACGGUCCCGCCCCUGACGGUCCGGCUGCACACGCAGAGCCUCUCCACGUGCGCCGCCGAGGACGGGAGGACCGUGGCCGUGGGGGACAUCGUGUGGGGUCACCGGUGAUGAGGACACUGCUGUUCUCCGGAUUGUUCGACUUUGGGCGUCCCCCUCCUCCGCGCCCCCGUUCUGCCUGAGGCCCCCGCGUGCCUUCUGGGGGGCCGCGUGCAGAGCCGUGCCGGGCUCUCGGUGGCCGGCCUGGCCCCCGGCUUCCCGGGGGGAGCGGCGUGAGCGGCUGGAAGGACGGAGCCCCGGGACACGGUGCGUUCUGGUGGCCACUCGCAUUUAUUCUCCCGACUCGGGCGGCAGCUUUUCUGGGGAGGGCCGCCCCGCAGGCCCCGGGACGAGCGGUCGCUUCAAGCCCUUGGUGUGGGCGGGGGGCCUGGGAGGGGGUCUCCGUGCCCUGGAGCAGCCGGGGCCCCCUCCCGCUCACUGCAGAGCUGGGGCCCGCUGAGCGCCCGGCGCUGGCCCCCAGGCCGCCCCGCCCUGGAGGCACCUGGCGGUGCCCUCGAGGACGGGUGGGGCUGUCACCUUGGAAACAGACUUCACCGUCGGAAGGACAGAGUGGGCUCCUUUCCCUUCCCGUCACUUUAAAGACCGAAAGAAAGCAGAAGAAGAAGAGC